UCCGUGCAGAGCGGGUCACCUCGGAUAAAAACAAAACAGGAAUGAAAAUGCUUCUUUGCCUCGCCGUCUCGAAAAGGCAAGAAGCUGGGCAUCCUGACGCACACGCGGUGUACCGCCCCCGCCCCCAUCACCGCACAUGAACCGGAGCGCGCAGAAAGGGAAACACCUCUAGCUCUUCCGGAAUCUCCGGGAAGCAGCGCCGCUCCUGUGCUCGGCGCUGUCCCGUCAGGGGCUGGGGACCCACCGUGCCUUCUCUGCUCCUAAGCCCAUUGGGGGACUCGGAGAGAGGGGGCGGGUGCUGAGGCGGAGCGAGGAAGGGGAGAGUGUGUGUCAAUGUCACAGGAGGAAACAGCACCAGCAUCAGCUAUUUGUGCAGAUUACAGAGCGCCCAGAGAUAAACACAAGCACUUCAAGAAGUCAGUGACGACCACACACACGCACACCUAAGUUCAGUUCAGCCAAAGGACAUCGGAGGACGAUUUAAGGAGAUAUGAAUGCGCUGUCAAGCAAGAGCGUGCCGCUGUGCAGAAGUGCCACAAGCAGCCUCCUGAAAAUCCUCACCUGCAGCCCAGGUGUGCCUCCAGCAGGUGCCCCGGGCCGGCCGGGCUUGGCAGCGGGGAGGGUCUGUCACUCGGGAGCGGGACACUCCAACAACCCCAGACAGGUGGCCACUAAGAAGAGGGGUUAUGACAUUACCAGGAACCCCCACCUCAAUAAGGGCAUGGCCUUCACCCUGGAGGAGAGACUGCAGCUGGGCAUCCACGGUCUGCUGCCCCCCUGCUUCCUCACCCAGGACGUGCAGGUCCUCCGCGUCAUGAAGAGCUACGAGAUGCGCAGCGACCCCCUUGACAAGUACAUCCUGCUGAUGACACUCCAGGACAGGAACGAGAAGCUGUUCUACCGCCUCCUGACCUCUGACAUCGAGGAGUUCAUGCCCAUCGUGUACACCCCCACCGUGGGGCUGGCCUGCCAGCAGUAUGGCCUGGCCUUCCGAAGACCACGAGGGCUUUUUAUCACCAUUCAUGAUAGAGGGCACAUUGCAACCAUGCUGAACUCCUGGCCCGAAGACAACAUCAAGGCCAUCGUGGUGACGGACGGCGAGCGCAUCCUGGGCCUGGGAGACUUGGGGAGCUACGGCAUGGGCAUCCCCGUGGGCAAGCUGGCCCUGUACACGGCCUGUGGGGGGGUGCCGCCGCAGCAGUGCCUGCCAGUGCUGCUGGACGUGGGCACUGACAACCAGGCUCUUUUAGACGACCCUCUGUAUAUUGGACUGAAGCACAAGAGAGUGAGAGGGAAGGAGUAUGAUGAUCUAAUUGACGAGUUCAUGCAGGCAGUGACAGAUAAGUAUGGGAUGAACUGCUUAAUCCAGUUUGAGGAUUUCGCCAACGCAAAUGCCUUCCGCAUCCUGAACAAGUACCGCAACAGGUACUGCACUUUCAACGAUGACAUCCAAGGAACAGCCUCUGUUGCUGUGGCUGGCCUCCUUACUGCCUUGAAGAUCACCAAGAAUAAGCUUUCUGACCACAAAUUUGUCUUCCAGGGGGCUGGAGAGGCUGCCAUGGGGAUUGCCCACCUGAUUAUCAUGGCAAUGGCCAAGGAAGGGAUUUCCCACGCUGAGGCUGUCAAGAAGAUCUGGAUGGUGGACUCCAAAGGGCUGAUUGUCAAGGGCAGAGGACACCUGAACCAUGAGAAGGAGGAGUUUGCCCAAGAUCACCCCCAUGUGAAAACGCUGGAGGAGGUGGUGCAGACCGUCAAGCCCACAGCCGUCAUAGGCGUUGCUGCCAUCGGAGGGGCGUUCACAGAGAAGAUCAUUAAGGACAUGGCCUCUUUCAACGAGAGGCCCAUAAUAUUUGCCUUGAGCAACCCCACCAGCAAAGCCGAGUGCACGGCCGAGCAGUGCUAUCGCCUGACGGAGGGCCGUGGGAUCUUCGCCAGCGGCAGCCCUUUCGAUAAGGUGACGCUGCCCAAUGGGCGGACCUUCUUCCCUGGCCAGGGCAACAACGCCUAUGUGUUUCCCGGGGUGGCGCUGGGCGUGAUAGCCUGCGGAGUGCGCCACAUCUCCGACGACAUCUUCCUCACCACUGCUGAGGCCAUAUCUGAGAUGGUGACUGAGGAGCACCUGGCUGAAGGCAGACUGUACCCUCCUCUCAGCACAAUUCGGGAGGUGUCCUUCAAAAUCGCUGUUAAGAUUGUGGACUACGCCUACAAGAAAGACAUCGCUUCCUGGUACCCAGAGCCUAAAGACAAAGCAGCUUUCGUCCGUUCCCUCAUCUACAGCCCGGACUACGAUUCCUUCACCUUGGACACCUACACGUGGCCCAAGGAGGCUGUGCAAGUCCAGGAUGUCUAAGUGUUUAAGGCAGAGCAGUGCGUAGGAAAAUGCUCAAGUUACUCCCACAGCCCUGAAUCCUACAACCUAUAAGAAUAGCCUUGACUCUCGCUUCUUCAAGUUAGCUCAAGAGGCAGCAAAAUCAAUGCCACUUUUCAAGCAGCUGCAGCUUAUAAUAUAUUUGUUUAAUCCAUAUUGAUAUUCUUUUUAAGAUCAUCCGUAACCUUAUGAAGCAAACUCUGAGCCCACAGACAGUAUCUGUGGGGCUUAUGAUGACAAGUAUUUGAUUUAUUACUCUUUGAAACAGAAGUAUUACGCUGUCCCUGCUUGGGAUCAGCAUAAAAUUGAACAUGUCUACCCUCAGCUAACUACAGCUCUGACACUCCCCUUGACUGUUUAUAGCCGGUAGCUCCUGGGAGAGAAAUACAAUUCCCUGACUCUCAUUUGUAGUAAUACAUCUUAUUUUUAUGCUGCCUUGAGACAAGAGUGCAUUUGUGUGCAGAGUCAUUUACAAGACUGUAUUAACUAAGAGGCCUUUAACCCAAAGAACUGACAGCUCUGGUCCAGAGAACUGAGUCUCUGAUAUCUACUAGAAUACUGUGGAGUGGUUUUUCCUGUUGCUAGACAAACCCUUUGACAUUGGGUUACAGUUUCUCUAUCUUCAUUGCUCUACAUUUCCUUCCUAAGAUCAGUUAUUCAGUACCAAUGUGCAUCUUUGGACGACAUAUAACACCCCACUCAAUCACACACACAAACCCAACCAUACACUUCUCAACACAAUAAGUUAUGGACCUCUUACUAAUAUUGAAAAGGGAUAAGUGUGCUUUUUCUACAAUUUGUGUGCCUGGGACAAACAUGUUUGUGUUCUGCAACAUCUAAAUGCUGCAGCAAAGUCUGUCUCAUUGUAAGCUUGACUUGUUUCUUGGUCAUUGCCCUGUUUUGUAAGGUUUUUAGAGGAAAAUACUGCCAUGCAGUAAUGCAGGUAUUUGUAGUUAUUAUGAUGGUUCUGGGAUUCAUGGGUGGGGUUUUCUUUGAUGGCUGAGGACAUAUGUCAGACCAGAUUGUUUAGGGCUAUAACUCAGUUGUCCUUUGUGUUUCUCUGGCCUUGGUGCUGGGUUCUUCAGUUUUCUUUUUUAUACAAACCCUGGUAAAAAGAAGUAUAAAAUGCAUACUCAUCUAUGCUCUCCCCAAGUAUGCAUUGGGUGGUUUAGGGAAGUAGGUAAGUCCCUACUUGAGCCUAGAGGUUCACAGAUCUAGAGCUUGUCCCCUUUACUGUAGCAUGAAGUGAACUGCGACCAGUUCUGCAGGCCUGCUAGUCCAUUGCAGGGUUGCUAUUAGCAACGCUGGUUAACUCUAUAAAGAUGUGUGACAUGAACCAACACAAAGUACCAUGCUCAUGGGUACGACAGCAGUGUCUGCAAUGGCGGCUAAAUGCUAAGCUGGUGCUGUAACAAGUGGAAACAGGCACUACCUUUACCGUUUUUGUUUUAAUAUCAUCAAUAAUUUCACAGCAGUGUACAGAUCCCUUCUUCCACGAAAAGGUGGAAGUGUUCAAAAUGCAACGUGGAAUAAUGCAAAAACAGGCUGUCAUUCAUGGAAAUGGUAUAGCGUAUAUAUAUAAUAUAUAUAUAUAGUUCGCUAUCUCCAGUGCUAAACAUAUCAACAUAAUGGAAUAGGAUUGGAGGCUUUGAAACACAGUAAAUGAAGAUGGGUAUCUAUUGGUCUGUCAAAUGAUGACAGAACCUAUGGCUUUUUAAGAUUUAACACCUCAUUCUCAUCGACAGACGGAUGUUUAUCAUUAAUCACAAAGCCAUUAUGCUGUAAUGCAUUAGUUUUAUACUGUAUGUUUAUUGGUGCAAUAUUACUUUAAGCCAGUUGUUUCCCUUCAGUGCUUUGUAUAUCUAGAAACCUAAGCGCACAGUCCUGAACUGGCAAGUGGAGUAUUUGAAGUUCUUAUGCUGUAUAUUAGUUUUCAGAAAAAAAAUCGUCAUUAUUGUUCCUAUUGAUCUUGUACAGCGACUACCAUUGAAAUCUUCAGUCUUGUGCCGCAGUCCAGAGCACUCUCAGGGACUUCAGUGAUAACACCUACAAAGAACCCAGUUCUGUCCAUAGUGAUCAUAUGUUUUCUAAUGCAUUGCACAACAAUUGUAAAGGAGAGGUGACUUUAUUGAGACUGAAGACAUUCACAAAGCUACUUCAUUUUUUGUGAAACAAUUAGAAAUGUUCUUAUGACAUUUAUUUUGACUGUUCCUUCAUUGACAUUUGCAUUGCCUCCAAUAUGUUAUAUCAUUGAUGGGUUUAUUGAUGUUGUUCUCAUGGUCAUUGCAGAAUUCCAGUGAGUUAUAAAAGCCAGUUUUAAAUAAAUUCUAAGGGUUACAAAAACUGAA